ACCGAAAUUACGCUCAGCUUUAUAGCCUGCGUUUGCACCAACAGGUUUAUACGAUUGUGUUUAGUGGAAGCGCGGUGAGAUGAUCUACAGUGCGCGCGGGACUACACUGACCUACACACCAGCUGGCAUCUGCAACAAGAAGGAUAAUUUUGCAUGUACACAUACAAAUACUAUUUAUUACAUUUGCAGAAAACAUAGCAAUUGUCAAGUGAACCUUAAAUAAUUCUACCAUCAUGGAACUUGACGCGUCUAUCAUUCUCCCUGCGCUCUUCUUUACCAUUCUUGCUGUUGUCUUGGCAGCCAAAUUCAUCCCCAAAAAACAACCAGAGGAGAAGAAGAAGAGGGUUAAAGUAGGCAACGGAGACGACAUUCCACCUUCCAGAGCAUUGGCACCAGCAGUAGCAAUACUGGAAGUACCAAAAAUGGAGAUAGUACCAAAAGUGGAGGUACCCCCACAAGUGGUAGAAACUGAAGUUAUACCCGAGCCAGUAACAGUUGCCCCAGUAGUUGAAGAGAUCAAUGUUGUAGAAGAAGAGACAGUUAAAGAGCCUGAAAUGAUCCCUGAGGUUCAGGCUGUGCCAGAGCCCGUGCCAGAGCCUGUGGUUGAGCCAGAACCCGUGCCUGAGCCCAUCCCUGAGCCAGAGCCCAUCCCAGUCGUUGUUGAGGAGCCCAUCCUUGACCUCAUUGCCGAAUCUGUGGUGAAGGAGGUCCCCGUCAGAGAGCCCACCCCUGAGCCAGCAAGGGAACCCAACCCCAAGCCAGCGAGGGAACCCACCCCUGAGCCCAUCUUCGUGACAGAACCAGAGGACCUUGAGAGCAACGCUGAGGAGGUGCACUUUACCCCAGGAAUGAAGAUUAGCAAGUUGGAGAAGAUGAUGACCAAGGAGGAGAUGGAGGAGGAGCAGAGGGUGCAAAAUGAUCAGUUGGCGGCCAUAUUUCUCCUGCUGAUGCAGAACCAGGAGGCACUAGGGGAGGUGACUGAGGGAGACAUGGAGGAGCAGCUCAAACUCUACUCCCUGUAGCAGAAUGGGGCGGUUCUAUUAUUGUCAACCUUGUAUAGGGCUGAAUAGCCUGUUCCCCUUUUUAAAGUGCAGGUGUCAAGCAGAGCAACUGUCAAUGUAUAAUACCGUAUUUAUGUUUGACUUAUCAUGUCAGGUCAGAAUGAUCCAUAACAGACCAAGACAAUAGGUUUACUAUUCUGACAUACUGUAGCGGGAUAGGCAUGACCCAUAAGACCAAAACAAAUUGUACUACACUUGAAUGUAAGACACAAGUCUUUAUACUGUUGUUGUUCUGUUAACAUUGGUUAUCGUAAAGUAUGGCAAUGUUACAAUGGCUUUAAAAAUCACAUGUUCUUAGAGUAUGAACAAUUUAAUGAACAAACAAUUGCAGUAACUUAUUUACAUUAAGUAUAUUGAUAACACACUAUUUUUUUAUAUUACUUAAAUGUUUAAUGAAGUAUUGUUGGUAAGUCACAUAUACUGUAUGUAUUUUCAGUUGUAAAGAACUAUUUUGGAAUGACUUUGUAGUGUUAAUAUAGGUCAUAUUGAAAUAUACACUGAGUGUACAAAACAUGACAUAGACUGACCAGGUGAAUCCAGGUGAAAGCUAGGAUCCUUUAUUGAUGUUACUUGUUAAAUCCACUUCAGUCAGUCUGGAUGAAGGGGAGGAGACAGGUUAAAUAAGGAUUUCUAAGCCUGGAGACAAUUAAGGCAUGGAUUGGGUGAAUGGGCAAAAAAAGUGCUUUGAAGGGGUUGUAGGUGCCGGGUACCAGGUGCACCGGUUUGAGCAUGUCAAGAACUGCAACGCUGCUGUGUUUUUCACACUCAACAGUUUCCUGUGUGUAUCAAGGUCCACCACCCAAAGGACAUCCUGUCGGAAGCAUUGGAGUCAACAUGGGUCAGCAUCCCUGUGGAAUGCUUUCGACACCUGUAGAGUCCAUGCUCUGACGAAUUUAGGAUGUUCUGAGGGAAAAGGGGGGAUAUUGGGUAGGUGUUCCUAAUGUUUGUACACUCAGUGUAUUUUUUUUCAUAUGUUCUCAACACUCCAUAUUUUGAAUCAAAUGUUUUUAAUGGAUGUACAUAGUGUAUGGAGAUAUUUGAGUAGUUUGUUUAGAGUCUCAAGGACGGCUCAUACUAAUGGCUUGAACGGAAUAAAUGGAAUGGUAUCCAACACGUCAAACACAAGCUUUCCUUGUGUUUGAUACCAUUCCAUUUACUCCA